AUGUAUGUUGUGAGUGAAAGAGUAGAAAUUAGCUUAGCAGACAGGGACGGCGAGACAAAUAAUCGAAUGGAUGCACCUGCGGUAGAUAACACUGAGGAAUACAAAUGUACAGAUGAGAAAGAAAAUUGUCUGGUUUGGGUGCACAAUUUACAUUUCAUCGCCAGUCCUCUAGAACCAGAGAAUACUAGACUAGAUAACCUAACCGAAACUUCCUUGCCUGCCUGCCUUUUCCAUACACCAAUUUACACCUUUGGAGCCCAAAUACCAAUGGGAAAGGGGACGGCCGGGUGCACUGAGAUGAGGUGGCGCGGAGAGGCGCGCGCGCCCCACGCACACCUCAGGUGCAGCCGCGAGCGCGCUCCCGCCGCCUACAUCGAUUGUAUAGUGCAGUUACGUGAUAACAAACCAUAA